CCGCCAGAUCCAAUUUCAAAAUUUUCAGUCGCUCUCUCUCUCCCCUUUCUCUCAGACACACUUUUUUGAACUCUCGAGCCCUAACUUCCCCCCAAGUCCCAAAUCGAUUUCACUCAAAAUCCAGUCUGAACAAUCCAAGGUCUGAACGUCACACUGCUAUCUCCGACCGUCGGCUCUAUCAGAUCGACGGCUGAGAACGGGACCUGAUUAAUGGCUUCUCGCAACCAGAAUAGGGCUCCUCGGAGUCCUUUUACUAAAAAGAGUAGUGCUGAUGAAGUUCCCGUAGACAAGCGCAGGAGGAUUGAAACAAGAAAAACAGACGCACAAGGUAGCAUGGGCCGCCCACGACCGCCACUUUCUGUUAGACAAGAGGCAGCACCUACCAGUGACAUAGGCAGCACAGAGGGUUCUGAAUGUGCCAGUGUUGAGUUCACGAAGGAAGAAGUUGAGGCAUUGUUGAAUGAGAAGCUAAAAGUGAAGAAGUUUGAUCAUAAGGGGAAAGCGGACCAGUUAGCUGAUUAUACUAAGAGGCUUAAGCUUUGCAUCAAAUGGUUCCAGCACGUUGAGGAAGGCCAUCUUCUUGAGGAAGAAAAGCUUCGGAAUGCAUUGAGUUCUGCUGAACAAAAGUGCACGGAUACUGAGGUGGAGAUGAAGAACAAGGUAGAUGAGCUCAAUGCCGUAAGUUCAAAGCUGAGGGAAGACAUAGCUACUUUAGAAAAGAAAGUUGCAAAGGAAGAAUCAGAGAAGCUGGAUGCAAUUACCAGUCACAGAAGAGAAAAGGAAGCAAGGGAUGCUGCCGAGAAGUUGCAAGAUUCUCUCUCAGUGGAGCUUGAAAAAGUCCGGGAGGAGAAAUUAGUUGCUGAGCAAAGAGUUGCUUCAUCUGAGGAUUUGUAUAAUCGAGCACAAGAGUACAACAAGAGUUUACAGCAGUACAAUAGCAAACUCCAAUCUGAUCUUGAAACAACCACCGAGUCUCUCAAACGAGUUGAAGAUGAGAAAAGAACUGUUGUGGAGACCCUAAGCAAUUCUAGGGGACACAAUAAGGCAUUGCAAGAUCAGUUGACUUCACUUAAAGCUUCACUUGAUGAUGCACUGAAGCAAAAGGAAUCAUUAGUAAAUGAGCUCAAAUGCCUGCGAGGGGAACUGCAACAAGUUAGAGAUGACCGUGUUCGCCAUGUACGAGAGAUUCAAGAUUUGAAGGAUGAGGUGGUGAAGUAUAAGGAAUACACUGGGAAGUCAUGUGCAGAAUUAGAUACCUUGACAAGAAAAUCAAAAGCCGUGGAGGAGAGAUGUUCAUCUCAAAGGAUGCAGAUUGAUACAUUGAAGCAUGAGUUAGAAGCUGCAAAUGAGAAACUUAAGAUGGCCGAUCUAUCUGCUUCAGAAACAAGGACAGAAUUUGAAGAGAAUAAGAGAAUUGUGCGGGAGCUACAAGAUCGCCUGGCCGAAGCAGAGCUUCAAAUUCUGGAAGGAGAGAAUUUAAGGAAGAAGCUGCACAAUACUAUUCUGGAAUUAAAAGGUAAUAUUAGGGUGUUCUGCCGGGUGCGUCCAUUGCUACCUGAUGAUGGCAAUACAACAGAAGCCCCAGUAAUUUCUUAUCCUACAUCAACUGAAACUCUUGGCAGAGGCAUUGACUUGGUACAAAGUGGGCAAAAAUAUCCUUUUACAUUUGAUAAGGUGUUUCAUCAUGAGACUUCACAACAAGAUGUUUUUGUUGAAAUAUCGCAGCUUGUGCAGAGUGCACUUGAUGGCUAUAAGGUCUGCAUAUUUGCGUACGGUCAAACAGGUUCUGGCAAGACCUAUACCAUGAUGGGUAGGCCAGAUGCUCCAGAGCAAAAAGGAUUAAUACCUCGUUCAUUAGAGCAGAUAUUUCAAGCGAGCCAAUCUCUUCAAGCCCAGGGAUGGAAAUACAGAAUGCAGGCCUCAAUGCUUGAGAUAUACAACGAGAACAUUCGCGAUUUAUUAUGCACAAGUCGAUCAAGUGGUGCAGACUUGUCGAGGACAGAAAAUGGUGUCUGUGGAAAGCAGUAUACGAUAAAGCACGAUGCAAAUGGAAACACGCAUGUUUCUGACCUUACGAUUGUUGAUGUUUGCAGUAUAAAGGAAAUUUCAUCUCUUCUACAACAAGCUGGAAAUAGCAGGUCUGUGGGCAAGACUCAGAUGAAUGAGCAAUCUUCAAGAAGCCAUUUCGUGUUUACAUUGCGUAUAUCGGGCAUGAAUGAGAAUACCGAACAACAAGUUCAGGGGGUCUUAAACCUUAUUGAUCUUGCUGGAAGUGAGAGACUAUCAAGGAGUGGCGCAACCGGGGAACGUUUGAAGGAAACUCAGGCCAUUAACAAAAGCUUGUCAUCUUUGAGUGAUGUCAUAUUUUCUUUGGCGAAAAAGGAAGACCAUGUUCCUUUUAGGAACUCAAAGCUCACCUAUCUUCUUCAGCCAUGUUUGGGAGGGGAUUCGAAGACGUUGAUGGUCGUCAACAUCUCCCCAGAUGCUUCUUCAGUCGGCGAAUCUCUUUGCUCUCUUCGAUUUGCUGCGAGAGUGAAUGCCUGCGAAAUUGGGAUCCCUCGGAGGCAGACAACAACCACGCGGCCGCCUUCAGAUUCUCGCUUAAGUUAUGGCUGAGAUUGUUUGUGUCUUUGUUUUACUGUGUGACUGCAUUUGUUCGUAGCAGAAGCACGUUGUUGUUUGUAACGGGAAAAAAAGGUUGUGUUGUGUAUAAUGGAGUCAGAUUGGCUCUCUAUCAAUUUGUUUGCAGAUCUUCUGCUUAAGGCCUACUUACUAAUUUGUACUUC